GCAAAAGAAGCGCAUCGGACUCACCGGCGCAGAUUAGCAAACAUCGCCAGCCAGCACAGCACGGACAGAGAACGACUCGUGGCUAAUACGACUGCAGAACUCUGAGGAGAGAGAGAGGGUGAGGAGAGAGAGAGAGAGAGAGAGGGAGGGGCACACAAGGCCUGGCAGGUGCAGGUGUACGAAUCGCACAGGCACUUGAGAGAGAGAGAGAGAGAGAGAGGGAGGGAGGGAGGGAGGGAGGGAGGGGCAAAAAGUGCAGGUGCAGUUGUACCGAAUCGCACAGUCACAGGCAGUAGAGAGAGAAAGUGUAUAGAGAGAGAAAGCCGAAAGCCGAAAGCUUCUCUCUCCUCUCUUGCUGCUGCAGCCAUUAAGCGUUACAAGGAACCGAAAAAUCAACGCCUCUCUCACGCCGUCAGCGUUUUUCCAGAGAGAGAAGGAGAGGAGAGAGAGAAGCGGCGUGAAACUGCCGGGCUGCGUGGUGGUGUGAAGUGUGAGAUAGCAGUGGAGGAAGAGAAAGUGUGAUCAGAGAGAGAGAGAGAGAGGAGGUUAAAGGAAGCAGGACAUUACGGUGGACGCGGACGGCCGGAGAGAAAUAUUUGAUAAAUAGAGAUGGCGCGGAGGACUGCUGCUGGAGUGGAAGGGUUGCCGUCCACCGCCUCCGUGAAUGCUGUAGAAAGCAGCGGAUGUACGGACGCCGCCGUGCCGGCAGCUAACAACAACCAAGGUGAGAAAGAUGAUUUGUACCAUCAGCUAUGGCAUGCGUGUGCCGGGGCGAAUGUUUACGUUCCCCGCCCUGGCGAGAAGGUUUUCUACUUCCUUCAAGGUCACAUGGAACAGGUGGAGGCAUAUGCAAACCAAGACUGUAAAAUGGAAAUGCCAAGAUACAAUUUGCCUUCCAAGAUCCUCUGCAAUGUUGUAUGUGUUCAGCUAAAGGCUGAAGCUCACACAGACGAAGUGUAUGCUCAAAUCACCUUGCUUCCUGUGACCGAGGAAGACCAGGUAAGGGCAGAGGAAGAAAAUACUCCACCCUUGCCUCGGCGAACCAGUACACGCUCCUUUAGCAAGGUACUCACCCCAUCGGACACAAGCACCCACGGUGGAUUCUCUGUUCCCAAACGACAAGCUGAUGAGUGCCUUCCACCUCUGGACAUGUCUCAGCAACCACCGGUUCAAGAUCUGGUAGCAAAGGACUUGCAGGGAUAUGAAUGGUGCUUUCGCCAUAUAUUUCGAGGUCAGCCAAAGAGGCACUUGCUUACUAGUGGCUGGAGUACGUUUGUGACUACAAAAAGACUUGUUGCUGGGGAUGCAUGUAUCUUUGCAAGAGGAGAAAAUGGAGAACUCUGUGUUGGCAUACGCCGUGCGACCAAAACACAAGACACUGCAUCAACUUCUCUCAUUUCUGGCCACAGCAUGCAACAUGGCAUACUUGCCAGCGCUUUCCAUGCCAUUUCUACUGGUACCAUGUUUACUGUGUACUACCACCCAUGGACGAGUCCUGCUGCAUUCAUAAUUCCUUUUGAUCAAUACAUGAAAUCAGCCGAAAAUGACUAUUCCAUUGGAAUGAGAUUCAGAAUGUGUUCCGAAGGUGAAGAAUGUGCAGAGAAGAAGAGGUUGGAAGGUACUAUAAUAGAUAUCGAAGAUAACGAUUGCUUGAGGUGGCCCAUUUCAGAAUGGAGGUGUCUGAAGGUGCGAUUGGAUACUACAUUAGAUACAUGCUUGCAUUCCGAAAGGCUUUCUCCUUGGAAUAUCAUACCUCUCCAACCUAAGAAGAGGGCACGUUUACCUGAUCCACCAUCCCCUGGGGUUUCUAGCUUGGGCAGGAAAGGUUCAUUGGUGAUUUCAGUUGAGUCCACACCUCCAAGGAAAAAAAAGGUCUUUCAAGGUCAAGAAACUAGUGAUCCACCUGCUCAUGAACCAGUUACACCAAAACAGCUAUUACUGCCACAGUUCAUCCCACCCCCAAAUCCUGACUGGGACCACACAGAUUUGGGAUUGGAAAACAAUCUCAACGUUCCAAUGAACGACCCAUUUUACCAAUGUCCUGGCUAUCCAAAAGCUCCAGGCCUUACUAACCAAUGGCCACCAAUGUUUGGUUUUGGAGUCUUUGACAGUGGCACGUAUAAAAGAAGCAUGUCAGUUCCAAAUAUCAGCUCCUCGGAGUCCCAGAAUUUGAGAGCCUUCGAACUGAGGAGUGAGACUCAAUCGCCACUUGUCGAACAAAAGAGUACAAUGCUUUUUGGAGUCAAUAUAGUUACUAGUCACCCCGAGCUCCCUUCACCACAAGUUGCCAAUUCUAUUGAACUUUGUAGUCCUUGUUCUAUUCCUCCAAUAUCUCAUUCAAGUGUUUCUGAAACAGUCCAGCUGUCAGAGACAUCGAAGAGUAUCUCUGGCGUUUGUUCUGAGAAACAAUGCAAGAAAUGUAGCUCCGUCAAUAACAGGAGUUGCAUAAAGGUGCUCAAAUAUGGAGCUCCUGUUGGAAGAUCGAUUGACCUCACGCGCUUUGAUGGGUACAACGAACUCAUUUGUGAGCUUGACCAGAUGUUCGAUUUCAAAGGAAGCCUGAUCGAUGGAAGCAGUGGAUGCCAGGUAACCUACAUGGAUGACGAAGGAGACAGGAUGCUGAUAGGAGAUUACCUGUGGCACGAAUUCCAGUCCAUGGCACAGCGAUUGUUCAUCUGUCCGAAAAAUGAAAUGCCGAAUCCAGGCUCCCCAAAUGCAGUAUCCAUCUAAGUCUUCGCCAAGAGGUCACAUGUGUUUAUCUGUUCAUAUCAGAGCGUGCACGCGCGAGAGAGAGACAUGGUAUCGACAAACGUGUCUACUUGAAACAUCAAUGCGCGCAUUGCGGUAUGUAUGCCAAUGCAGCCGUGACAAUUUACUGUUCAAGUGUAGGUAUGCAGUAUCAGUAUGCAUAUUGUUUAAGUUAAACCAAAAGCUUAAAACUGUAGUUUUUUGCUGUUUGAAGAAUGCCUAAGAUUGUUGUGAUGUAAAAGUUCCAGGUAAAUGCUCAGAACAACUGUGGAACUAUAUGAAAAGUACCAUAUUUUACCAUUAGAUGAUUGUUAUU